CAUCGAACGGCGCGAUCUGUUCACCUUCAUCGUGUCGGUAAUGCGAAUGGCUGCAAUGUAUACCUUGAGAACGGAGUAUCAAAACAGUUAUAUGCAUUUACUGACCACAGUGUUGAGCAGGAGCUAUGAGAUAUUCACGUAUUUCGUGUGUGUGCACAUUGAGAUUUUGUUCAUGUGCUCUCUCUACAUAUACUACGACGAAGGCGAUUUGGAAUUCCUUGUCAACUGUCUCAUACAGACGAUCAUCUAUAUGUGGACUAUCACCAUGAAGCUCUACUUCCGACGCUUCAGGUACAAUAUGUUGAACGACAUCAUCAGCACUGUCAACGAUAAGCACCAAUUACGUUCGGCGCACGGCUUUACGUAUGUGACCGUUAGGGGAGCGCUGCGACAGUCCAAUCUAUGGAUCAAGAGCUAUGUCUACUGCUGCUUUAUAGGCACUAUUUUCUGGCUGGUGCUGCCCAUAGCAUACCGAGACAGGAGUCUCCCUUUGGGCUGUUGGUAUCCUUUCGAUUAUAAGCAACCGCUUGUCUACGAGUUGGUGUUCUUCCUUCAGGCCGUUGGGCAGAUUCAAGUGGCUGCUGCCUUCGCGUCUUCCAGUGGCUUUCACAUGGUCUUGGGCAUUCUAAUAUCUGGACAAUACGAUUUGUUGAUGUGCAGCCUUAAAAAUAUAUUAGCUACGAGUUAUUUGAAGAUGGGUGCCACUAUGCAAGAGUUAAGCGAGCUCCAGGAGGCACAAUCCGUGUCGGAUGCCGAAGUGAAUCAGUAUAGCUACUCCGUAGAAAUGCAAACGUCGAUGACAGAGCUGAAGCACCAGAAAAGUCUCAGCAACGCUAUGGACUUACCCACUGCCUUCAGGCACUCCCUAACCCGGUGCUUAGAACACCAUCGUUAUAUCAUUAGUGUCCUGGAGAAGAUGGAACGCUUCUACAAUCCCAUUUGGCUAUUUAAGAUCGGCGAAGUCACGUUUCUCAUGUGCCUGGUAGCUUUCGUUUCCACAAAGAGCACAACGGCGAAUUCGAUCAUGCGGAUGGUGUCAUUGGGUCAGUACCUGCUCCUUGUCCUGUACGAGCUCUUUAUCAUUUGCUACUUCGCUGAUGUGGUCUACCAGAACAGCCAGCGAUGCGGCGAAGCUCUCUGGCGCAGUCCUUGGCAGCUGCAUAUGCGCCAGCUGCGAAGUGAUUAUAUUAUUUUCCUUAUUAAUUCCCGUCGCCCGUUUCGUCUGACGGCUGGUAAAAUUUACAAUCUGAAUGUGGACCGCUUUAGGAGUACGAUUACAACGGCUUUCUCCUUCCUCACUCUACUGCAGAAGAUGGAUGCGCGUGGAUAAAGAACGCAAGAUUCGCU